AGCAGCAGGAGGGCAGGCAAUGGUGGCAGCUGCCUUACCCUUGGUGGAGGUUAUUCCCCCUGUAUUUUUACCUGCAUCUAACCCCUCAGUUUGCAAGCCUUGGAGGAAGACAAAGGCAGCUCACUGGGACCCCCUCCCCCAGUUGCGUGUUUCCUUCCUGUCAAGCCCCCUGGGAAGCUGCAGGGUGGAGAAGCACAGCCCGCACUCCAGCAAGAAACAACCUAACUGAAGGCUAGGUCAGGCUGAGGGGAUUCGGCUGUAGAGCCGUGGAGGAGGGGAGGCGGAGGGGGCGCUGGGGCUCUCACUUCCUCCAGCCCAGUCCUCCCUCCCAGUCAGCCCGCGACAACCCGCGCCAGCCACCCGGUCUCACAGAAGCUGGACUUCGUGGACACCAUGCAGUGGAUUAGAGGCGGAUCGGGAAUGCUGAUCACUGGAGAUUCCAUCGUUAGUGCUGAGGCAGUAUGGGAUCACGUCACCAUGGCCAACCGGGAGUUGGCAUUUAAGGCUGGCGACGUCAUCAAAGUCUUGGAUGCUUCCAACAAGGAUUGGUGGUGGGGCCAGAUCGACGAUGAGGAGGGAUGGUUUCCUGCCAGCUUUGUGAGGCUCUGGGUGAACCAGGAGGAUGGGGUGGAGGAAGGGCCCAGUGACGUGCAGAAUGGGCACCUGGACCCCAACUCAGAUUGCCUUUGUCUGGGCCGGCCACUACAGAACCGGGACCAGAUGCGGGCCAAUGUCAUCAAUGAGAUCAUGAGCACGGAACGUCAUUACAUCAAGCACCUCAAGGAUAUUUGUGAGGGAUACCUGAAGCAGUGCCGAAAGAGAAGAGACAUGUUCAGCGAUGAGCAACUGAAGGUCAUCUUUGGGAACAUUGAAGACAUCUACAGAUUUCAGAUGGGCUUCGUGAGAGACCUGGAGAAGCAGUACAACAAUGAUGAUCCCCACCUCAGUGAGAUAGGACCCUGCUUCCUAGAGCACCAAGACGGAUUCUGGAUAUACUCUGAAUAUUGUAACAACCACCUGGAUGCCUGCAUGGAACUCUCCAAGCUGAUGAAGGACAGCCGCUAUCAACACUUUUUUGAGGCCUGCCGCCUCUUGCAGCAGAUGAUUGACAUUGCCAUUGAUGGUUUUCUUUUGACUCCAGUACAGAAGAUCUGCAAAUACCCUUUACAGUUGGCUGAGCUCCUUAAGUAUACUGCCCAAGACCACAGUGAUUACAGAUAUGUUGCAGCUGCUUUGGCUGUCAUGAGAAAUGUGACUCAGCAGAUCAAUGAACGCAAACGACGCCUGGAGAAUAUUGACAAGAUUGCACAAUGGCAGGCCUCUGUCUUAGACUGGGAGGGAGAGGACAUCUUAGACAGGAGCUCGGAGCUGAUCUACACUGGAGAGAUGGCCUGGAUCUACCAGCCCUAUGGCCGUAACCAGCAGAGAGUCUUCUUCCUGUUUGACCACCAGAUGGUCCUCUGUAAGAAGGACCUAAUUCGGAGAGACAUCCUAUACUACAAAGGGCGCAUUGACAUGGAUAAAUAUGAGGUCAUUGACAUUGAAGAUGGCAGAGAUGAUGACUUUAAUGUCAGCAUGAAAAAUGCUUUCAAGCUCCAUAACAAGGAAACAGAAGAAGUGCAUCUGUUCUUUGCCAAAAAACUGGAGGAGAAAAUACGUUGGCUUAGAGCUUUCAGAGAAGAGAGGAAAAUGGUACAGGAAGAUGAAAAAAUUGGCUUUGAGAUUUCAGAAAACCAGAAGAGACAGGCUGCAAUGACUGUGAGAAAAGCUUCUAAACAGAAAGGUGUCAACUCGGCCCGCUCAGUUCCUCCUUCCUACCCACCACCACAGGACCCGUUAAACCAGGGCCAGUACCUGGUCCCUGAUGGCAUCGCUCAGUCGCAAGUCUUUGAGUUCACUGAACCAAAACGCAGCCAGUCACCAUUCUGGCAAAACUUCAGUAGGUUAACCCCCUUCAAAAAAUAGUACUUAUAGGAAGGCAGAUAAUUUUAAAAUAAAUAAAACUAUAUUUAUAGAUGGACUUUUUUUUGGAGAAGCACUGUUGAAAAUUUAUGUGUGUGUGAGUGUGUGAGAGUGUGUGUGUGUGUGUGUGUGUGUGUGUGUGUGAGUGUGUGCCUGUGUGUGCGCAUGCACACACACAGGCACACACACAUGGACCUUUAAGUAUACAUGUGUGUGUGUGGGCAUGUGUGCACAUAUGCAUGCACAUGCAUGGACACAUACAUACAUAUACACACACAGAGAAGGACCACAACUAUUUACUGUGGUUUUAGGUAAUUGAAAUCCAUAGUUGGUAAGAAGUACCACCGACUUUCAAACAUGUGAUCCCUUCUUUAAAUUUUAGUUCUUAACCUUGUUCCCCUCCCUCGCCUUCAGAAACUGAAUUUCUCUUUGUUCUUUUUCCUGGUAAGAUAACCUACUCACUCCUCUGGUUCACUGACCUGUCAUUAUUACCACAGAGUAUUUGCAUUGUUUUAUUUGCCUUUCCUGAUGAUACUGAUGUUGAUAACUUUUGAAUUUCAUUUAUGUGGUGGGUUUGGAAUUUCAUUUCUCUCUUUGUCAUUUUUCACUGAGAAGGGGAGGAUACCCAUCUCCUGUCCUUCAUGCGACCAUCUGCAAAUGUUCCUGUAGCCCUGCGGUUAUACCAACAGCCUUUUCACAGCACCCUGUGUCCACAGUUGUGCCAGUCUAGACAUGCUCUGUUGUGCCCUGUGGCUUAUCUGCUUGGUAUUUCUAUUGCUUUCACUGUUUUAGGUAUUGUGGAAGGAUAUAAAACCAAACAGAAACAAAGGAAUGAAAGAAUGUAAUGAGAAUUUUGUUAAGGGGAAUUUUUCUAUUUAGGUGAUUUCUUCUAGCAUUGGGGAUUCCCAUGUAAAAACACUGCUGAAUCACUGACGUUUUUGUUGUUUUUUUUUUUUUUUUUUUUUUUUUUUUUUUUUUUUUAUCUAAGAGUUAGUUUUUGCCCAUUAAUUUAUUUUUCAAGCCCCUUUUAUUAUGAGUCUCCUUUUUAGCCUGUAUCUUCUUUAGACAAAAGGUUUAGCUAAACUAGAAGCAAAGAAAUUGAGACUCUGCCUCUUAUGGAAGAGAUUUAUCUCCACCCUACAGCCCAUAGCUAGUGGUUAGGUGUCAAGUAGGGCUCUCUAUAUAGCAGUCACUUCGGUGUUCCAAUCAUCCCCAUUUCCAUUUUCGGAUUCAGAAGGCAUCACUGUUAGAAGUUUAUGAAGGGGUUCAAGACAAAACCUGCUUGGCCAAGAUCAUUAGAUACCUUCAGAUCAAUGUGAAGAGAGUCCACGAUUGACAAUAACACCAUACAGGGAAACAGAAGGACCAUUAGGAAAAAAAGACAGGCUUGAUUUAAUAUAACAUACCUGUAAUUUCUACCAACAAAAUUAUAAGAACCACCUUCAAUUACUAGCAGAUUGCAUGGAUAAUCGUCUCUGUCUCCUUCCUUGCCUUUACUUUCUUUCUGGUAGAGGAUUGUGAGUAUUGGCAUAGCUAGAGCCAUUCUGGCACUCAAAGUAGGUGUUGUUCCUGACAUACUCCCAUCCCAGGACAACUGAGUCAGUUGUCAGAGAAGCCUAGGGCUACUUUUACAUCUAGGGGGGAAAGAUCUGAGACAGAACACUGAAGUUAAUUCUUGGCAGGCUUUCCAUUUGACCAGAACUUUCCCCACAAAAAUCAGAAUCCCCACGAGUACAGAAGUACUAUUCUUUGUCAUUUAGCCCCUUUUAUGGAUAGAGCUUUGAUAGCAAGGAAAAUAGGAUAUAAAGAAGUGUGAAUAUCCACUCCAUCCAAGAAUCUGGAGAUUGAGUUUGUUCUGGACCUCACAGGACAAGACUUCAUUAUGAAAGGACCUAAGCUUAUCAAACAGCAGCCACGGCCGUAUGAGGUCUUCAGUGAAGCUGGAUUGGGUACUUCUUUGUGCUUCCAAACCUAGACUAAGCCCUACCCCUGAGAAUCUUUCACCUGUGGAAAACAAAUCAUACGUUGUUGAAGCUUUAAUUUAAGUUAGACUUUUUAUAGUUCUCAAGGCUAGCUAGCAGAACACCAGAGUUCAGAACUGGCUAUCACUGCUCAGCACAUGGUAGAACUAUUUAAGCCCUUACGGCAAGAAAUCUGGUAACUAGCACCUAGAUGGCAAUGUUCGCCAUUGGCAAACUGAAAUAUAUUUCACUUCCUAUGCAGGUCUCCCUUAGUGUACCUUCUUUGCGUAGUUUCUCCCCACCUUCACUAGACCUGGCCUUGGCAACUUUCUCUAGGGAUUAGGGUCACACCAGGAGGAGUUGCUUUGAAAGGUUGCUAGAUAAAAUCUUUGAUAGUAUCUUUUGGCCAGAUCCUCUUAUUCUCUUCCCUUUUCUGAGUCCAACAUUCAAGGCUCCAGGAUCAGGAGUAUGAUAAUCAUCAUCCCGUUUCUCCAUCCAGCCCACUGGCCUUACAACACGUAGUAAUUUGUCAAGGCACUACUAAUUCAGCUCUUCUUUGAUUAGAACGCCCCCAACCGUGUACCUAUGGCUCAAAGUAGAUCAGUGGCCAUUAGCACAAAGGGAAACUCAUAAAUUACCUGGACUCAGCAUCUCAACCUGAUGUAUCCCCACAGCCAUGUUAUCCUCUCAAACUCGAAUUCUCCUGUUUUCUGCAUGGCCCUGUAUUCCCCAUUCCUUAACUCAAUGAAGCCUGAAUUUUCCUUCCAAAAGGGUUUUGCAAGUUUUUCUUUUUUUUUUCUAUGAGUUCUACUCUUAGGGAGUUCCUAAUACAAAAAUCCAAUUUUUCUCUCCUUCUCUCGUCCUCUUCCUAUGUGUAUAUCUUUAAUUGAUCUACUAAGGACAGCAGCAAGAGAGUUCUAACAAUUCUAGUAUGAAGCCAAAUAGUGAUAUUUUAGUGCUUUGGGGGUGGGGUGGGCUGGGUGAAUAGAUGGGCAACAGUGAUUUUGACUACCCCUGCUGCUCUGCAUUUGCCAGUUUAUUCUUUUGUUUCUAUUAACUGACUGUUUGACCCUGUCAAACAAGUGUCAAAAUUGUGUAUUUGGAAAUGUUUAACAACAACAAAAAAAGAUGUUGUAAUGACAUAAAGCCUUAUAAAAAUAUUUAUGGAGUUCAAUAAAAGAAGUAAAAAGUC